GAAUCCAAUUAUUGGCAAAGUACUCAUGACACAUACGAUUCUGUAGACUUAAAGAAAUGCCCCAUAAAUACUGAAAUAGAACAACAUGGAAAUAAACUUAACCUAUUUGAAGAAAACCAAAAAACUGAAAAAGAUCAUUGUAAAUAUCCCUGUUAGUAACAAACCACGGAGCAUCGAUUAUUGAAUGUAACACCUUGGACUGGAAUCUCUCAAUUAUGGAUACAUUCAACUUGGAUGCUGUUCCCCAGAGCUGCAGACCAUAUGCCCAGACUGAUUUGAAUAUUGUGUUGUAGACUAGCAGUUUAUUUCUUGUUAUACUUACACCCUAGAAGAUAAAAAUGUUUACUAAAUUUUAUGCCCGGUUGUUUACGUUGGUUCCAUAUAUGGGUUCUCCAGGUUAAUCCCCUGUCCAAGUGCAUGCCCAGAUAUUUUACAGAGGUCAUCUCCAAGAUGAAAUCAAAACAGAAAUUAUGGAGAAACUCAUUGAAGAUUCGUCUUACGAAGGAAAUGAUAUGAAUCGACACAAUGAAGGAAAAACAUUAAAUAAGAAUAUGCAAGUUGUGACUGAAAAAAGACCUUAUAAAUGUGACACUUGUUUUAAACAAUUUAGUAACGUAAGUCAUUUGAAAAAACAUUUGAGAGUGCACACUGGACAAAAACCUUAUCAGUGUGAAAUUUGUUUUAACCGAUUUAGUGAUACGAGUAGUUUAAAAAGACAUUUCAGAUUGCACACUGGGGCAAAACUUUACAAGUGUGAGAUUUGUUUUAAGCAAUUUAGUGAUAAAAGUAGUUUGAAAACACAUUUGAGAGUACACACUGGAGAAAAACCUUACAAGUGUGAAAUUUGUUUUAAGCGAUUUAGUGUAGCAGGAAGUUUAAAAAGUCAUUUAGGAACACACACUGCAGAAAAACCUUACAAGUGUGAGAUCUGUUUUAAGCGUUUUAGUGAUGCAAGUAAUUUGAAAAGACAUUUCAGAUUGCACACUGGAGAUAAAGAUUACAAAUGUAAGAUUUGUUUUAAGCAAUUUACUACAACAAGUAAUUUGAAAACACAUUGGAGAGUGCACACUGGAGAAAAACCUUAUCGGUGUGAAAUUUGUUUUAAGCGAUUUAGUGAUGCAAGUAGUUUGCAAAGACAUUUCAGAUUGCACACUGGGGCAAAACCUUACAAGUGUGAGAUCUGUUUUAAGCAAUUUAGUGAUGCAAGUACUUUGAAAAAACAUUUCAGUUUGCACACUGGGGCAAAACCUUACAAGUGUGAAAUUUGUUUUAAGCGAUUUAGUCAAGCAGGGCAUUUAAAAUGUCAUUUGAGAACACACACUGCAGAAAAACCUUACAAGUGUGAGAUCUGUUUUAAACAGUUUAGUCAAGCAAGUGCUUUGAAAACACAUUUGAGAGUGCACACUGGAGAAAAACCUUACAAAUGUGAAAUUUGUUUCAAGCAAUUUAGUCAAGCAGGUGAUUUGAAAACACAUUUGAGAGUGCACACUGCAGAAAAACCUUAUAAGUGUGAAAUUUGUUCUAAGCAAUUUAGACAACCAGUAACUUUGAAAAUUCAUUUGAGAAUACACACUGGAGAGAUGCCUUACAAGUGUGAAAUUUGUUUCAAGCAAUUUAGAGAAGCACGAACUUUUAAAAUCCAUUUAAGGCUACACACUGGAGAGACGCCGUACAAGUGUGAAAUUUGUUUUAAGCGAUUUAGUGCAGCAGGUAGUUUAAAAAGACAUUUGAGAGUGCACACUGGAGAAAAACCUUAUAAGUGUGAAAUUUGUUUUAGGCGAUUUAGUGAAUCAGGAAGUUUAAAAAGUCAUUUAGGAACACAUACUGCAGAAAAACCUUACACGUGUGAGAUCUGUUUUAGGCAUUUUAGUGAUGCAAGUAAUUUGAAAAGACAUUUCAGAUUGCACACUGCAGAUAAAGAUUACAAGUGUAAGAUUUGUUUUAAGCAAUUUAGUCAAGCAGGAAAUGUAAAAAGUCAUUUGAGAACACACACUGCAGAAAAACCUUACAAGUGUGAGAUAUGUUUUAAACACUUUAGUCAAGCAAGUGCUUUGAAAACACAUUGGAGAGUGCACACUGGAGAAAAACCUUACAAGUGUGAAAUUUGUUUUAAGCAAUUUAGCCAAGCAGGUGAUUUAAAAAAACAUUUGAGAGUGCACACUGCAGAAAAACCUUAUAAGUGUGAGAUCUGUUUUAAGCAGUUUAGUCAAGCAGGUGCUUUGAAAACACAUUUGAGAGUGCACACUGCAGGAAAACCUUAUAAGUGCGAAAUUUGUUUCAAGCGAUUUGGUCAAGCAGGUAAUUUAAAAAGACAUUCGAGAGUGCACACUGCAGAAAAACCGUACAAGUGUGAAAUUUGUUUUCAGCAGUUUAGUGAAGCGGGUAAAUUGAAAACACAUUUGAGAACUCAUUCUGGAGAAAAACUUCAAGUGUGACAUUUGUUUGUAAAAACUUCAUUAAAUAAUUUAAUUUUUA